AUGACGACCUUCCACUCUUACGACCCUUCAACCCGGAGUCAACAGGCCCAGCCAAAGGCAUGCGAGGCCUGCUACGCCAGGAAAGUGCGCUGCGAUGCUGAUGGCAGCAACGAGGCCUGCCGCAACUGCCUCAUCCACGGCGUAGAGUGCCGCUCGAGGACCCGAAAGCGCAAAGCUGCUGACCAGACUCCUGCUACGAGACCAACACCUCGCCCGCCCGCACCUGAACCCACGCCACAUCAACGGAAUGGCAGCGGAUCGGGUCCUCAGCUGAGUCCUGUCGUUCCAUUACCCACAGAUCAAUCUCAGAUGCUAGACCCAAAGGAUGUGUCAGCGCCGUUACUGUUCAUCGGCCAGCAAAACCCACUAGCUAGCUCACCAGGCACUACCGCCAACGCCCAACAGUCUUCACACGACGAGUUUCACAACGCUGGCUACAUCUCCCGCUCCGCUAUCCUCGGCGACGACUUCCCAAACAUCGACCACUCCAAUGCUGAACAGCCUGUACGCCAGCAUAAACUGUCCGCCACCGAGCUCCAAGUCUUGCACUUGUAUCACGCAUUCGAUUUGCCAGAGCUGCCACUACGGCAAAGUUUGCUCGAAGCAUUCAUGGACAAAUGCUUGACUUGGAUGCCGGUGGUCAACGUCAAGUCGCUGGGGGCGACCUCCACGGACGGCGAUGGCUCGCUUUUGCUCCUCCAGGCAGUACUACUGGUAGGAUCGCUGAUGCGUCCAGAUACCUGCUACAAAGCUACGCUUGAUUCUCACUACCAACGGGUGAAAGCCUUAAUCAACUCGGGCUAUGAGCGGAAUCCACUAAAUAUAUUAGCGUCAUUGUGUCUAAUACAGUGGUAUACCCCUUCAGCGCCGAGAGACAUCUCAACCGACACUGCCCGCUUUUGGGAGAGCUGUGCCUUGGGCAUCGCGCAACAAAUUGGCCUCCACCGUCAGCCAGAACGGAACAAGCCGGACUACGGCCUGCGGCGGCGUAUCUGGUGGACACUCUUCAUUAGAGACAGCCUGAUGGCCACUGCCCACGGCCGACCACGGAUGCUCAAUUUGGCCGAUUGUACAAUGGAGCCGCCCUCGAUAUAUGACUUUGACAACAGUGCCGACGUGAGAGCCCAGAUCUUCGUGGCAUAUCAAGACAUCACAUGCCUCUUAUACGAUUUGUGUAACUUCCUGCUCAAACCUCAACCGCCGCCAGAAGAACGCACACAGAUCUCUCAACGCCUCGUCGCCCUCUGCCGCAAUCUACCGGAUGCAUUGCGCCUUCAGGAUUCUGACGGUUGGCAACGGCCAUACAAUUUCGAGAUUGCACAGCUUCAUGCUCCCUUGCUCACGACGAUUGCCAUCUUCUACCGCCCGCGAUCGGUGUUCGCUAUUUCGCCCGAGAAUGCUGCAAGCAUUGCAGCAUCCAAUCUGAACUUUCGCAUUCUCCAGGCGAUUCAUCUUCGGGAGGAAACGCGCUACUUGGCCUCCCCAUUCUCGUUCUACGGCAUGGUAGCGGCUAUUCCACAUCUAUCAUGUCUUAGAGUUGCCGGACUCCGGGCAGAAGCUGAUGUAGCUUUAGACGCGAUCGAAAGCUUCAUGGAAAAACUGGGAAGCGUCCGUCCAGCUGCUGCCAACAAUCUACGCAACGUUCGAGCUAUCCGCAAAGCCAUUAAUUCCACAGAACAGUCCGGAUCCAAGACAACCAGACUCACAGAGUCUGUUCACGAUCAGACCUCACUUGCAGCGGCAGCCGAGAUGCUUGGUGUUCUAUAUGGGGCACAAGCCACACAGAAUCUUCACAAUAUCACGACCAUUUUAAGUGCAUCGAUCGAAAUCCCUUCGCGGCAGACGGGACAAGAAGCCGCACAACAACAAGUAUACCCCACUCCAGACCUCAACGGCAUGAACUUGAAUGGCCACCUGACUGAGCCGAAUGCCUUUUCAGAACAAAGCCACAUGGGACUGCCGACAAUAGCAGAUUUCGGAGAAGGUUUCAGUCCUGUCCUAACGAACCACUUCCAGGAGAACACUUGGAUGCGAAAUUGGAUAGACGACCUUCAUCUGUUCCCAGAGUGA